CGAUGGUGUCAGGUUUCCUCGGCCACAUUCUUCCCUCUUUUUCCUCAGGCACAGAGCAGGAGAGAGGGAGGGGGGAGAGAGAACUAACGGGGCGAACACAGAGAGAGAGAGAGAGACAGAGAGAGAGGGAGCGAGCGAGAGAGAACAGGAGUUUAGUUCACGGAGGCAGUGGUCUCAUUCUUGCUGUGUGAGAUCACAGAGGAGACACAAUGUGUUAGGAUCGGCCCCCGACGACUGGAUACAGGACAGAACAAGACGCGGAGAGAGAGAGAGAGAGAGAGAGAGAGAGAGAGAGAGGAGAGCGGAUAGGUGGAGGCCGGCCAAGGAAUCUGGAAGGAAGGACUCGACUGUGACAGCAGCAAGAGAGGUUCACCAGAAAGUACCGCAAAGGGACCGGUGAGAGAGAGAGAGAGAGAGAGAGAGAGACAGACAGACAGGGAGUGAAAGGGGCUGGAAAGUAAGCCGGUGGUAGUUUUUGUCUCUCAUGCUUUGGCAGUAAUCCUGGCACUCUUCUCCAUUUGAGGAACUCGGGACCACAGCCACACUCUCGCAAAUUGAAUCCACACUCUAUCCUGGAUUCUACCUGUCCUUCUGUCUGUCUGUCAGUCUGUCUGGCUGGCUGGCUGGCUGGCUGGCUGACUGACUGACUGGCUGACUGACUGGCUGACUGUCUGGCUGAGCGGCCAGAGUGCUAGCUGGCUUGUCGGCUAGCUGGCCGGCUGAUUGGGUGACUAGCACAGACUCACCGCCACCCUCGACAAUAUGAACUACCUGAACGUUCUCGCCAAGGCGCUGUUCGACAACGUGGCCGAGUCGCCGGACGAGCUGUCCUUCCGGAAGGGCGACAUCAUGACGGUGCUGGAGCGCGACACGCAGGGUCUGGACGGCUGGUGGCUCUGCUCGCUGCAUGGGCGCCAGGGCAUCGUCCCCGGCAACCGCCUCAAGAUCCUGGUGGGCAUGUACGACAGCAAGCAAGGGGGGCAGGGGCAGCAGCAGGCCCCGCCCACGGCCUCCUCCGCACUGGCCCCGCCCACCUCCCAGACGCAGUCCGCCUACGGCAUGCUCCCCCCCGGCUCCGCCCCCGCCUCCUCGCUGGGCUACCCCGGCGGCAAGCCCCUCCCCUCGUCCCAGUACACGUCCAUGCACUCGGCGUACUCCACGCCGACCCCCGCCAAGCCCUACCACGGCAACGUGUACAUGAUGCCCCCCUCCCACGGCGCCAAGCCCAGCCCGCAGAGCCUGUACCAGAUCCCCUCGGGGCCCAUGGGGUCCGCCCCGCAGCCCCCCAGCAAGGCCCGCGAGCUGGCCCAGAAACAGUACCACAUGCACGGGCAGGAUAUCUACCAGGUGCCCCCGUCUCUAGGCCCCGUGCCGAGCCAGGGCCUUUCCCAGGGAUUGCCCCCGACUGGGAUGUCAGGGGUCGGGCAGGACGUGUACCAAGUUCCCCCGUCCCUGGAGAAGAAGAGCUGGGAUAGCUCCAGCGUUUCCAAUGCGGGCAAG